AUGCCUAUCAUCAGCAAUGCAAAUGACUUCAGUAAUUUCUCCAUUAGCACAGAUGACAGCAGCCUUGACCAUUUUUUUACUGAGAUCCCUGAGACAAAGACCAUUAAAGGAGUGUACUUUCAGCGAGCCCAGCGAAUACGUGACCCCUCUGCACUCACAAAUGUCGAUCACAGCAAACUGGCCCUCGUGAAUGUUGGUGGGGAUCGUUACAUGUUUGCCUGGAGCACACUGGAUGACUUCCCACUUUCCCGUUUAGGCCAGCUACGUCACUGCAGCAGUCCCGAAGACAUUGCCCGGCUGUGCGAUGACUAUGAUGAAGUUAGCCAUGAGUUCUUCUUCGACCGCAGUGCCACUGCCUUCCGCGUCAUCCUGAACUUCCUGGCAGCAGGGAAGCUGAGGCUGUUGAGGCAGGCAUGUGCUGUUUUUCUCUCAGAUGAGCUUGCUUAUUGGGGCAUUGAGACCAGUGGGAUGGAGCGCUGCUGUAGACGUGUUAUGAUCACCUGUGUGGAGGAGGUGGCUGAGAAGAAGCGGAAAGCGGAAGCUAGGAGGCAGAAGAGGCUGAUGAAACAACCAACACAUGAGACAGAGGAAGGUUUCCGUGGCUUCUUGAGCCGCCUCCGAGACGUGGUGGAGAACCCACACUCUGGCUGGCUGGGCAAGAGCUUUGCCUGUGUCUCAGUGGCUAUGAUUGCUGUCACCGUGGUUAGCUUGUGCGUCAGCACUAUGCCUGAUCUCAGAGAGGAAGAGAGCCGAGGCGAAUGUUCCCCAAGGUGUCAACAGAUGUUCAUCGUGGAGACUGUGUGUGUGGCCUGGUUUACCCUCGAGCUUGCUCUACGCUUCCUGCAGGCCCGUAGCAAGCUAGAAUUUGCACGUGGGCCACUCAACGUCAUUGAUGCUGUGGCCAUUCUGCCGUACUAUAUUUCCCUGGUGGUGGAUGAGAAAGAUCUGAGGAUGGGAGAUCGUAUAAAUGUAGGUGGAGGGUAUUUGGAUAAGCUGGGUCUGAUUCUGAGGCUCAUGCGUGCCCUGCGUAUCUUGUACGUCAUGCGGCUGGCCAGACACUCACUGGGUUUGCAGACUCUUGGCCUGACGGUGCAAAGGAGCAUGCACGAUUUUGGUCUUCUGCUACUUUUUGUGUGCGUGGCUGUCACAUUGUUCUCUCCUCUCAUACACUUGGCUGAGAGUGAGCACCAUGGCUUCAGCAGCAUCCCUGCCUGCUAUUGGUGGGCUAUCAUCUCCAUGACCACAGUGGGCUACGGUGACAUGGUCCCACGCACCAUCCCGGGUCAGGUGGUGGCCUUCAGCAGCAUCCUGAGCGGCAUCCUUAUCAUGGCUUUCCCAGCUACCUCUAUUUUCCAUGUGUUCUCACGCUCCUAUCGUGAGCUGAGACAGGAACAUGAAAUGAUAUGCAAAGAGGAAAAAGCUGCCUUAUUAGCUGUGGAGGAGGUCUGGAUAGAAUCAGAGAGGGACUCUUUUGGUUGGAUGCAAGAAUAUCUCAACAAAAUCCAUGAGGAUAAGAAUGAGGAUGGGCCUGAAAAAUCUGUUUUAACAGCAACAGCAUGCUCAGACUUGCAAUAG